AGACCCAUCUCCCAAGAUGACCACAUCAGAGCUUGCUUGCGUUUACAGCGCCCUCAUCCUUCACGACGACGAAGUACCCAUCACCGCCGACAAGAUCAACGCUCUGUGCAAGGCUGCCAACGUAGAAAUCGAGCCAAUCUGGCCAUCACUGUUCGCUAAAUGCUUGGGUGACAAAGAUGUUGGAUCUUUGAUCAACGCAAUCGGAGCCGCCCCAGCUGGUGCUGGUGCCGCCGCCGCUACCGGUGGUGCCACUGAAGUCGCCGCCGAGGCUGAAGCUGAGCCAGAACCUGAAUCAGAAGAGGAAGAAUCAGAUGAUGACAUGGGCUUCUCAUUAUUCGAUUAAUAAUUUAUCUCUGAUGUGUUUUUUAGCUAUUUGAUAUGCUCGUUUUAUUUGUUCGCAACAUUAUGUCUUAACUUGAAUCUGAAAAAAUGCUCAAUGUUUAAAAUUAUGAGGAUUAUUUGACAUGAAAUUUUGUAAUUAGAUCUAAAUAUCAGCCGGUGAAUUGUUUAAAGAUUAAUAGAGCACCCCAAUCUGACUGUCUGUAUAUCACGUGACAGGAGCUAUGAAGUAUCUGCAGAUAAUACUAUCUAUAUUACUACCUGUUCUGAUAACAUUGUUACCUCUCACUCUACCUUUCUUAUCCCUGAGCGAUGUUGUACUAAGUUGGGUAUGUGUAGUAACUCUACUCUCGCUCUACAGCGCCGCAUUCCUUUCUAUAUGUACUCCACAAAUCACCAAACCUGCAUCUAGGUUAGAUAGUAUUAAGGCGUAUUUCAAGAAGGAGAUUCUAUUGAUCAUUGCAACAAAUAUGAUCUUCAGUUACUUCGUAUCCGACUGCGUUAAUAUCUGGUUUGACGAUGUGCUCCAAGUUAACCUCAGCUUGUUUUGGUGCACAGUUACCUCCCAAUAUUUCAUGUUCGAUAGUAUUGUGAACUUCAAGUACAAGUAUAGUACUUCUGUCGUUAAGGUUCAUUAUUUUGUGAUGCCGCGGUUUAGAGAAAACUUAAAAGAAGUCUUGAAGGUUCUGAGGUAUCCAGCACCUGCUUACAUCCUCUUCUACAAAGACAUCACAGCGUUGACUAGUAGUGUUUGUGGCUCACCAACUGAAGAAUUAUCAUUCUACUUUCUGCUUCAACCCACUACAAUCCUAAACAUCCUUAUCACAUCACUUGCCACCUACACUUUACUUAGUGUUAGCUUCCAAGCCGUCAUCCAUGUUGCUUCUCAGAGCGCUCUACCAAAGGUUAAAGGUCAAGUCUCGAUAGAAAAUGUGCAGAAAGUCUCUCCAGUGAGGACGUGAGAAUCCGGCACAGUGCCAUUACAGAUCUGUUACGAGAGUGCAGCAACAGUUUCACUUCCAGACAAAUAACGCUGAGUCUCCAAGAUGGGCACCCGGUUAUAUGGCAUCUUGUGUACAAGGAGUGGCUGAAAACCUUGUACUUAUUCAACAAGUCCGUCGGAGAGAAACCCGUUUCAGCCCCAAAUACUGAGUUCGCCAAGACAGAGACAGUAAAACCUGUUGGGAGGGCCCUGGUUGAGGAGAAACCGACGCAACUUUUCUCAUUAAAAGAGCCUAGCUCCCCAAUAAUUGAGCAAACUAAACAGGCAGUGGCGAGCAAGAUCUCUAAGGUUCUAUCGGAUGUUGGGAACGAUGCUUUAGUUAGUUUCAGAAAGAGUGCCAAAGACUACCUUGUUGGUAGUAGAUUAGGGAAGUACCUUCUGACGGAACAGGCAGAGAUAGUGUCUGAGAAUAAGUUGAAAGAUCUCGGUUUCAUGGUCCACGGGUCGGCUCUCUGUGAAAUCCUGUGUUGUGUGGCCCCGUCCGAAGAUAAGUACGGGGUUGUUCAACUCGUCCUGCCAGAGAUAUUGAAUACUGUCUCUGCUACUCUUAAAUCUAUCGACCAGGUUCCUAUAGUCGGCAGCACAGUAUCUCACUCCCAGCUAAAGAGAUCUCUACACCUCUUCCUGCACCAUGUUAUAAACACUUACCAGACCAGCAUCUUCAAUCUGACCCUCAGCAGCGAGACUACAACACUACUGCAGCAGUGCUGCAUCUGAAGUGUUGUCCUCAGCAGCGAGACUACAACACUACUGCAGCAGUGCUGUAUCUGAAGUGUUGUCCUCAGCAGCGAGACUACAACACUACUGCAGCAGUGCUGCAUCUGAAGUGUUGUCCUCAGCAGCGAGACUACAACACUACUGCAACAGUGCUGCAUCUGAAGUGUCACCCUCAGCAGCGAGACUACAACUCUACUGCAGCAGUGCUGCAUCUGAAGUGUUGUCCUCAGCAGCGAGACUACAACACUACUGCAACAGUGCUGCAUCUGAAGUGUCACCCUCAGCAGCGAGACUACAACACUACUGCAGCAGUGCUGUAUCUGAAGUGCUGUCCUCAGCAGCGAGACUACAACACUACUGCAGCAGUGCUGCAUCUGAAGUGUUGUCCUCAGCAGCGAGACUACAACACUACUGCAGCAGUGCUGCAUCUGAAGUGUUGUCCUCAGCAGCGAGACUACAACACUACUGCAGCAGUGCUGCAUCUGAAGUGUUGUCCUCAGCAGCGAGACUACAACACUACUGCAACAGUGCUGCAUCUGAAGUGUUGUCCUCAGCAGCGAGACUACAACACUACUGCAGCAGUGCUGCAUCUGAAGUGUUGUCCUCAGCAGCGAGACUACAACUCUACUGCAACAGUGCUGCAUCUGAAGUGUUGUCCUCAGCAGCGAGACUACAACACUACUGCAGCAGUGCUGCAUCUGAAGUGUUGUCCUCAGCAGCGAGACUACAACACUACUGCAGCAGUGCUGCAUCUGAAGUGUUGUCCUCAGCAGCGAGACUACAACACUACUGCAGCAGUGCUGCAUCUGAAGUGUUGUCCUCAGCAGCGAGACUACAACACUACUGCAGCAGUGCUGCAUCUGAAGUGUUGUCCUCAGCAGCGAGACUACAACACUACUGCAGCAGUGCUGCAUCUGAAGUGUUGUCCUCAGCAGCGAGACUACAACACUACUGCAGCAGUGCUGCAUCUGAAGUGUUGUCCUCAGCAGCGAGACUACAACACUACUGCAGCACAGUGCUGCAUCUGAAGUGUCACCCUCAGCAGCGAGACUACAACUCUACUGCAGCAGUGCUGCAUCUGAAGUGUUAAUGUUUGACCUAAGAGUUGUUUUCUGCUCAUUAGAAAAUCAACAAGUCUAACCUGAAAAACUUCUCACUGGAACUUUUUUAAUUGAUUUCAUCUCUAUGGUAACGGGUUGUGCUUCUCAAAAUUCUCAACAUUUCGGAUGACGUGUUUUAUUCUAUUUUAACUCAAUUUAUUUGUAUUUUGUAAAUUAUUUGUUAAGAAAUUUUACCGUAUAUAACGAAUUUAAUUUUUUGGUAAUCUGA